AUGAUAUACAGUUAUUUCGGCGAAUCUUGUACAUACGGCCACAGUCAGCUGAAAACUGGGCAUCCCGUCCGCUCUGCCAUACAUAAGCAGUUGAACGGCAGAUUAGUACUACGGUGGGUGACCACGUGGGAAUCCCUGCUGCUGUAUGUUUUGCAUUUGUUUUGCUCUUCCCGCUUCUUUUUGGCUGUCGCAUCGACUCUGUCUGUCCUUCCAUGGCAAUUCUGCACUUGCUUCUGUUUUGUCCGUCUUUCAAGAUGAUGCUUUAAGCAGACGCAUCGGAUUGAAAGCAGCCAACUUUUUCCCCAAACAUGAAAACCCCCAUCUUCAACACCAUCCCUCUUUUUGCGCCAAAGAAGCGCCCUCUCUUCACCAUGCCAUCACCCCAAUAGUCUAGAAUGACCUCACUCUCAAAGUGGCUUGAGACAUCUCACCACCAAGAAUCUCCCUUCUCCCAGCCUCCCUCGCC